GCGCCGCGUGCUGAGCAGAGGCGGGCGGGCUGCUGCAGGGCGUCCGCCACUCUGUCCUCCCUCCUCCACUCCUUCCGCCCCUCCCCUGGCAGCCACGCUGCCUGCGAGUCCGGGAAACCGCUACUCCAAGCCCGCAGCCCGGGUGCGGGGCCAGAACCUAGGCGGAGGCGGAGGGAGCGCGGAGACCACAGCCCCAGCCGAGAGGCGGAGGGGGCCCUGGCCUGGAAGGGCAGGGCUGCGCCUGUGCUAGCGCGUGAGAACGGCUGCUGCACCUUGCUGGGCGCAAACCCCGCCACCCUCAGCGCGGAGCCCGCCGUCCCAGCCCAGGUAGCCGCAGCCCGGAAGCCUCCCCGCCAGCGCCCAAGCACAAGCCACGGCGGCACAGCCAUGAACACCAACGAUGCCAAGGAAUAUCUGGCCCGUAGGGAAAUCCCGCUGCUUUUCGAGAGCCUUUUGAAUGGACUGAUGUGUUCUAAGCCUGAAGACCCAGUAGAGUACUUGGAAAGUUGUUUACAGAAAGUAAAGGAACUAGGCGGCUGUGACAAGGUGAAAUGGGAUACAUUUGUCAGCCCUGAAAAGAAGACCUUACCUCCGCUCAAUGGAGGACAGUCACGGAGAUCCUUUCUAAGAAGUGUGAUGCCUGAAAAUUCAAAUUUUCCAUAUCGGCGGUAUGAUCGACUCCCUCCAAUCCAUCAAUUCUCCAUAGAGAGUGACACGGACCUCUCUGAGACCGCCGAGUUAAUUGAGGAAUACGAGGUUUUCGAUCCUACUAGACCUCGACCAAAAAUCAUUCUUGUCAUAGGUGGUCCAGGAAGUGGAAAGGGUACUCAGAGUUUGAAAAUCGCAGAGCGCUAUGGAUUCCAAUACAUUUCAGUGGGAGAAUUAUUAAGAAAGAAGAUCCAUAGUGCCAGCAGCAACAGGAAAUGGAGUCUUAUUGCCAAAAUAAUUACAACUGGAGAAUUGGCCCCACAGGAAACAACAAUUACAGAAAUAAAACAAAAAUUGAUGCAGAUUCCUGAUGAAGAGGGCAUUGUUAUUGAUGGAUUUCCAAGAGAUGUUGCCCAGGCUCUGUCUUUUGAGGACCAAAUCUGUACUCCUGACUUGGUGGUAUUCCUGGCUUGUGCCAAUCAGAGGCUCAAAGAGAGAUUACUGAGGCGUGCAGAGCAACAGGGGCGGCCUGAUGACAAUCUGAAAGCUACUCAAAGGAGACUGAUGAACUUCAAGCAGAAUGCUGCUCCAUUGGUUAAAUACUUCCAAGAAAAGGGGCUCAUCAUGACAUUUGAUGCUGACCGAGAUGAGGAUGAGGUGUUCUAUGACAUCAGCGUGGCAGUUGACAGCAAGUUAUUUCCAAACAAAGAGGCUGCAGCAGGUUCGGGUGACACUGAUCCUUCAAUGAUGUUGGACACUGGAGAGGUCAUUGAUACAGGAUCUGACUACGAAGAUCAGGGUGAUGACCAGUCAAAUGUAUUUGGAGAGGACACCACGGGAGGUGUCAUGGAAGACUUGAGGAAGUACAAAAUUAUUUUCAUGAUUGGUGGCCCGGGCUCCGGCAAAGGCACGCAGUGUAAAAAGCUGGUGGAAAAGUAUGGAUUCACGCACCUCUCGACUGGGGAGCUCCUGCGCAACGAGCUGCUGUCAGACUCUGAGAGAAGCAGACUGAUCAGAGACGUCAUGGAACGCGGGGACCUGGUGCCCUCAGGCAUCAUUCUGGAGCUGCUGAGGGAGGCCAUGGUGACCAGCCUUGGCCACACCCAGGGCUUCCUGGUCAAUGGUUAUCCACGAGAAGUGAAGCAAGGCGAAGAGUUCGGACGGAGGAUUGGAGACCCGCACUUGGUGAUCUGCAUGGACUGCUCGGCAGACACCAUGACCAGCCGCCUUCUCCAGAGGAGCCAGAGCGGCCGGGGCACGGACAGCACCGCCACCAUCGCCAAGCGCCUUGAAGCCUACUACCGGGCAGCCAUCCCCGUGAUCGCCUACUAUGAGAAGAAAACGCAGCUACACAAGAUCAAUGCAGAGGGGACACCAGAGGAAGUUUUUCUUCAACUCUGCACAGCUGUUGACUCUAUUUUCUGAAGACAAAGUGCAUGUAUGUUAAGGAGAGUGGAGACAGAAAAAUAUUAAAAGGUUCAUACCUUAACAGUAUGUUUCAGGUUAAACCUUUUGUGUCCCCUUGAAAUCCUGACAUUGCUGUUUGCUUCCCAGCUUGACCUGUCUGAGGCAUCUGGAAACCAUGCAUGGUGCAUUUGAUAUCACCCAACCUCUUCCCAACUCAGACUGUGGUCUGUACUCACCGCACGCACUUUUCCAUUGUGCAGGUAGCACCUCAGAGCUAAGGUAGAAUGAGGCCAGUCUGCCAGUUGUGCCCUUGAGAUCUGAGCUAAAGUCUGAUCAUCUGGUUCUCCUCUCAUCAAACAGGUGGUUAGUUAGCAUCUGUAACUUCGCCAUCAUUAUCUUCCUUCCUCUCUCCUGCAAGAUCUGAUGAAGGCCCCUCAUAUUGGGGGUGACAGGAAAUAAGCCGGGGUAUCUUCCUCUGGUAACUGUUUCCUCAAGUCUUAUCUACUAGUAGCUCAAAGCCCAAGAUUAGGUUAACAAUAAGAGUUAAUGAUUAGAAAUCUGAUUCAAUUUGAAAACUUUUUAAAAA